AUGCAACGAGAAGAAAAACAGUUGGACAUGCUCCUGGAAGCAGUCCUCAACAGGUUGAACGAUCUGAAACAUUCGAUUGGAGUGAUGAUACACAGAUUGGAAACAGAAUACGAAACGAUAAACUGGCCUACGUUUCUGGACAAUUUUGCCUUAAUAUCCAGUCAUCUAACCGGUUUGAUGAAGAUACUAAGCACCGAAAUUGGAACGCCACUGCGCAAUCUUACAGUGCUGCCAUUAAUGCUAACACCGGAACGAGAUGAAGCCUUGCUGCAAUUGACGGAAGGAAGAGUACCUAUCUUUUCACACGAUCUCGCACCAGACUAUCUGCGAACCAAGCCGGAUCCUGGUGCCGAAAGUCGCCAGGCGGCACAUGAAGCAAAAGCAAACAAUCUAACCGUGGAAGCAAGCAUGAAACAGGUGGCUCAGUAUAAUAAGGUAAUAUCGCACGUCUGGGACAUUAUUAGCAAGGCGAAGGAGGACUGGGAAAAUGAAUCUUCCACCCGGCCCGGCAUACAACAGACCAGUUCGAUGGCUGACACGCAAGCACUGGUGGCUGCCGUUGGGCUUGGCAAUGGUUUGACUGCCCCGAUAGGACCUCCAACUGGUGCGGGAGUUAUGAUUCCUCCGGCAAUCAGGCAAGGUUCACCAAUGAGUGCGGUUUCACCUUCUGGCAAUGCCCCAAUGGGCAAGAUGCCGUCAGGUAUUAAGACCAAUAUAAAGUCUGCUAAUCAGGUGCAUCCUUACCGUUAG